AAGGAACAGCCGCCGCAGCGCGGCUCGGUGCAGAGUCCCUGAGGAUGCACCGAGGUCCGGGCCUUGCUCUGGGGGUGCACGAGCUCUCAGCUCCGCCCCUCCCUCUCUUUUGUCUGGAGAAACGGUGACAGUUUGAGUCAAGUGCCAUCACCCCCGUGUCCCCUCCCCCAAGCACACGCCUCGAGGGGGCGUAUUACCGAGUCAAGGACACCGAAGCCACUCGAGUGACCUAAGGAUUGGGAGUCUCGGGUGUCCGUGGGGGCGUCUGUGUUGGGGGGCGGGGUGGGACUCGGAAACCAUGCCCUGGCGCUGCGCUGGGGGGGUGUGAGAGGGAGGAGAAAGCACGCGGCUGUUUCCGUGGGAAGGGGGCAGGUCAGGGCGUAGCCGAAGGGCUGCCUGUGCCUGCCUUGCCUUCUGUGGGUGCACGAAGGCGUCAUGGAGCCCCGGACUUGUCCCGCCCAGACCGUGGCGGGAAGAAAACGUCCCCGACAUCCCCCCCCCCCCUUAUUCUCGAAGACAGAGUCUGUCAAAAGACCAUUUCUGUCUUCUUUUGACAUGAAAAUGGGAGUCCCUCUAUUUUGCUCUUUCUACACCAAGUCCCUUUGGUCCCAGGUGCGCGCACCUGCACGUAUAUACAUACACGUGUGUACCCCAGCCUCGGGGGGCUAGCUAGCAUUUAUGGCUAGCUCAGGAAAUUUUCAAACCCAAAAGUGUUCCGUGGCCAAAUUAGUGUGGAAAAUGCGGUUCUAAGCAGUUCUCAGAGAACAGUUCUCCGCUUAAAUGUAAAAGAUAUGCUGAGGAGAGCUCUCCUCAUUGGGCUGUCAUCCCUCUGACCAAUUCCAACUAAAGAGUUUUGUCACUUGGAGAUAUUGCCAGGAAGAAGAAACAAGGAGGAUGGAAAAAUAGUUGGGGAAGAAGAUUUCAUUUAUGGAUGGACAUGAUACCUAACAUGCUGAUCCUUAAGUAACUAUGCCUUGACAUGGAACUAUUGUGUGUGCUGUCUUUUAAUGGAAGAAAAUGGAACUGGCCAUGAUGCCAGGAUGGAACAGUCUCAUGAUUUAUUAGUACUCAACUAUAAUAACAUCGAAGAGUCAGAAAGAGAAGUUCAGGUGCUUCAGCAUCUAACCUGCAUGGAUUCCAGGGAUCCUUCCUUUGGACAAAAUGAUUCUUCUGCAGUUUUGCCCAUCACAGUUGGUGUAGCAGAUAAUUCACUCCCAUCACAGCAUGUACCAGUCCAGCUGUCACAGCCACAGUCUCUUUCCACAGAGCAGUUCCAUCUAGUAGACCAAAAUGGGCAUCCUAUUCAAUAUGAGCUUCAGUCACUAGGAGAUUAUAAUACACAGAUGAUGAUUGUUACUAGUCCGUCAGAAAAUGGACAGGUGCUUCAUGUAAUUCCAUCUACUCAGACAGGAAUGGCGCAAGUUAUCAUUCCUCAGGGGCAGCUCCUAGAUGUGACCAGUCCUCAAGAUAUUUCAGAAGAGAAUACCACUGAUGGACACUUACAGACUGUAGCAGUGACUGCUAUAGCAGACAAUACCAGUAGUUAUAUUCUUCAUCCACAAGCAUCCCUCUCCUUGCCUAAAAAGACAGCAACUAGAAUAGCUGAAGACCCUUUUCCUGUCCCUCUGCAACCACUUCUUCCACAUACUCCUACGUGGGCUCAUCGUCUACGGAAUUGUCAGAAAAUUGGAGAUUCAUACCGUGGUUAUUGUGUGAGUGAGACAGAAUUAGAAAGUGUACUAACACUUCACAAGCAGCAGACAAAGACUAUAUGGGGGACACGGCAAUCUCCAAGCCCAGCAAAACCUGCUACACGCUUAAUGUGGAAAUCCCAGUAUGUUCCAUAUGAUGGAAUCCCUUUUGUCAAUGCAGGCAACAGAGCCAUAGUGAUGGAAUGUCAGUUUGGGCCAAGGAGGAAAGGUUUCCAGGCCAAAAAAACUGGUGAGCAGGACAGCACCUCUUCCUGUCAGCUCUACAAAGCCACUUGUCCAGCACGGAUUUACAUUAAAAAGGUACAGAAAUUUCCUGAAUAUCGAGUUUCUACUGACCCCAAAAUUGAUAAGAAAAUCAUCAGAAUGGAACAGGAGAAAGCCUUUAACAUGUUGAAGAAGAAUAUGAUAGAAGCUGGAGGGGUUAUCAGGUGGUAUGUACAGUUGCCCACCCGAAAGGCUCAUCAGUAUCAUGAACUGCAGAAACCUUGCCUCAUUCCUUCUCCUUCCCCUCUUCUUGUGUCUUCACUUGAAAAUGAGGAAGAUACAGUUCGGGAUGAGAAUUGCACUUUAUCCUCACGUCUACAUCCACAAGUAGCAGAUAAGAUCAGAGAACUGGUAUCUCAGGGAAUAGAACAAGUCUAUGCAGUGAGGAAACAACUAAGAAAAUUUGUAGAGAGGGAAUUGUUUAAGCCUGAUGAGAUACCUGAAAGACAUAAUUUGUCCUUUUUCCCAACUGUGAAUGACAUAAAAAAUCAUAUUCAUGAGGUACAGAAGUCCUUGAGAAACGGGGAGAUGGUGUAUAAUUCAGAAACUCCUCCAGCUACGUUCCAGUGGACCUCAGACAGUGCGAACAUUCUCACUGAGACUGUAACAGUUACAUUUGCAUCGCCAUCCACUGAGGGAAGCUCACCAGGAGAAUCGAUUAUCACUAAAGUGGAAGCAAAUCAGACAGGGGAGUCUUUGUCUCCAGAGACAGCCCACUUGCUAUCUUCACUCUCUUCACUUCAGCCCAAAAUAUUUGCCCAGUUGCAGGGUUUACAAUUACAACCAGCAUUCACUUCUACUGAUGGAACAACUGCUUUGAUAUCAGUAAAUAGUCACUCUCAUUCUACUUCCGCAAGCCUUCUGGAUUCAGUAGGAAGUGCUGUUAUGAACCAUUCUCUUGUGCUCACUCAAGGACAUAACCUUCAAGCAGGAACCUGCCUAACUCAGAAUCAUCCUGCUUCUUCUACAUUGGGGAACCUUCCAGGGCCAGAUCAGAACCUUGUUACAAUGGGCCAACUGGUAGCAGUUGGAGGUGUUGAGGAUACAAGAAGCCUAGAAGGAAGUAUUCAUCAGAUUUUUUUGGGAGAUGUACAAACCAUUCCAAUAAGGAUUGUGAACAGCCAUCCUACUUUUAUUGAAGAAAAUCUACAAGGUCCUAUUUCUGUGAAUCAAGUUAAAGAAGAGCCCAGCGAAACAGCUUUAUCUGAGCAAGCAAAUAAUUUGAACAGAAAUACCUCAUCCAUAGUUUAACUUUCUUAAGCCUUUUUAAUACUUACAGUUUUGAAGAAUUCAGCUAUCUUGGAAAUGAAAGUAGUGUCAAAAUAGUGCCAUUCUUCACAGUGGUAUUAUAAAGAGUAUGUUAUAGACGAGUUCUAGUGGAUGUUUUCACACAAAACUGAUAAUGAUUUGUGCCAAUUCAGAGUCAUUAUGUUACCUUAUAAAAGAGUUUCUCUUCUCAGUUUUAGGUAGAUUUGCUAUUUCAAAAUUGUUUGAUUUAACCAGUAUUUCAAAAAGUAGGCUGAAAUGAAUGAUUUGCAAGGGUUUGGUGCCAAUGUAAAUAUUUCUCUUACUCAUCUUGCAGAAAGUUUUAUCUGGUUCUGGUGCUUCAUAGAUGACAAAAACAUGCUCUUACAUGCAUUAGUCAUAAAGCAGGCUUUUUUCUCUUUUUUCCUAUUUGAAUUUUUAGAAACAAAAUACUAGGGCUUAAACUCUGAAAGAAAAAAAUGGCUUUCAUAAGCAGAACCUUUUUCCUUUGGGAAAAAGUACUUAAUGAAGAGAUUGAAUACAAGCAAGACUUCCAAGGAUAAAGAAAAUAUGGAUGAUACAUGAAAGCUUAUUUAAAAUAUGAAAUGUGAUAGGUAUCAUUUGUUCAAAAAUCAUUUUUAAUAUUAUAAAUUAUUUUCUCUAGGGUUACAAUCUGUUUCACUUGGAAAGAAAACACAAUGGUUUUUAUAUUAUGACUACUAAUACCCAUAGUCAUUUCUGGUGAAAUGUGGCUGUAUUUCAGCUACUUCCCUUUAACUUUUUGCACUUCCAGUUACAAAGAGCUUGUUAAUUCAUAGUUUUCAGAAAGAUACUUAGAAUAUUCUAAGUACAGAAAAUCCUAUAUCCUUAAAUAACUUGAAUUAUACAAAAAAGCAAUAGAAGUACAUGUAGCAUAGAUAAAUACUAUCCUCAUGGUUAAAACACUACCAUCAAUGAAAUUAAAGAACUUUUGAGAACACAAAAAGGUUCCCAGAGGUUACAGGCAAUUUACAAACCUUUUUAAACUGAUCUCAGAAUUUUUUUUUAUUACGUUGAAAAAUAAAAUGGGCAUGUAUUUACAUUUUUUCCCAUGCCAAACAAAAUUCUUCAUGGAUUGACUGGCAUUUAGAACUAAUGUAUUUCCAUUAAAAGUAUUUAUGCAUAAAAUUUAUUGUUAUUUAUAGUAGUAAAAUGUAUUGAUCUAUUGCAUCUACUAAUUAAAUUAUUAAUAUUAACUUUAAAUGCCAAGUAUCGUAGUAGCAUUUUCAAUACAAGCCCCUGUUUUCAGGUAUAUUGCUAAGCCAGAAAAGUCAAGAAUAGUGUCAAGUAUUCAUCUUACUUAAAUUUUUUUAUUUAAAAAGUUAUAAAGAAGGAUUCAUCAGUGUUAGAUAUUAAAGAUCCAGAAUUUUCACAUAGACAAUGCAAAAUGAUGUUUGAUGUUAAUAUUUUGACUACUUUUUGUUUUUCUAAAGUGAUUAGGCAAAGUCAUGAAGGAUUUGCAUCCUUAAUUUCAAUUAUUUUAGUAUCUGUCUAUAUUUGGAGAGUUCUUUCAUUCCAAGUGGAUGAAGAAUGGAAACUAUAUCUUAAUUAUAAAUAUUUUUGCUUUAUAUAUUUUAUACUUUUGGUAUUAUUUAAUAUAAAGUUUAAUUUUUGGUUAAGUCUAAAACUUUUCAGUAAGAAAUGUUUUCUUUCCUAAGGAAUGAAAAUAUUGAAUGUGGGCAUUCAUAGUGGCUCCAGCUCUGCUAGAUCAAAUUAUGUUAAGUCUGUGUUAUAUUUGAUCUUUUUUUUUUCCUUAAGUCCACUGAUAAUUUGCCUUAAACUUAAAUUUCUACUAAAGUUUGUGGAUAUCUUGCCAAAAACCAAUGAGUGAAUUUAAGUUGUCUAUAUAUCAAAUUUAGGGAUAUGGAGACAAAAAAAAAACUUUUACUUUCCAUUGCUGCCUCUCACAUUAGUGUUUUAUUACUGUUCCUUAAAAUUUCAAAUAGUAAACCUCAGCCUUACUGAAAUUAUUAAUUUGGCAUUUUCAUUGUUUCUUUUAGAGAUUUUU